GGAAAGCAGACACUAUUCUCUUUUUUCGAGAAUUGAAAUCAUUUUUUUUCAAAAUGACACAUAAAAAUACUGGAGUAAGGCACCAGUCUGGAACUUUGAAAUUCACUCUCCGUCAAGUUCUAAUACUUACCACUUCGCAAUUCUGUGUUUUUAUUUACUUAUCUACUUGGAGUGCAUUUUUGGUUGUUAGUGCACUUAGGUGCAUUGUGAUAUUUAUUUGUUAGUCUAUUUUAGCUGUAUUGAAAAAUUUUGGAUUUUUAAUUUUUUGCAACAUACUACAAGUCGUGUCGAAUACUUAUUUUUCAUCAUGUUUCUCGCAUCGGUGAUCGUAUUUGUUAAUGUUGUCAUGAUUCAAUUGCUACAGAUGCCAACAGCUGAAGGCUUAAUCAUCAACUCGAAAUUUCCUGCGACAAAUAUUCUUUAUACACCACAAAGAGGCAUAGGAACAGGAACGGUGGUUUCAAAGUGUCCUAAAUGCGAUUGUAGAAUAUUUACUCGAAAAAAGAGGGUCGUUGGAGGAAUAGAAGCCAAACAAAACGAAUUUCCUUGGAUGGUAGGCUUGAGAACACAAUGCCAGUUUUUUUGCGGAGCUACAAUUAUCACAAAGCAGCACUUAUUAACUGCUGCACACUGCGUGGAGAGUUUAACUGCAAAAGAAAUUGAAGCAUCUUUGGGUGAACAUAAUCAAGAACUAACAUAUGACAUAAACAAAAAAACAGUAGGUAUCAAAGAGAUAAUUCGACACCCGAGAUUUAAUUUGUCAUCUUCAUUUGAUAACGACAUCGCAAUUUUGAAAUUAGACCGCACAUUAUCAUUCAAUAUCCCUCAAAUUCAACCAGCAUGCCUACCAAAUUCUGAAAAUCGAAAUUAUGCUGGUUACUUUGGCACCGUUAUUGGAUGGGGCUUCACUGACGAAAAGGAGUCUGUAUCACCUAACGUAAUGCAGAAAGUACAAGUUCCUAUCAUUCCAACUGAAUAUUGUAGGAUUUAUUCUGGUUAUCCAAUAACUGAUAACGUGAUGUGCGCUGGAUACUAUUUCAGAGGACAAAAUGCCUGUAGAGGCGACAGUGGCGGACCUUUACAAAUCAACCUUGAUGGAUAUGGAACCAUGGAAGUUGUUGGGAUUGUUUCUUGGAGUUAUGGCUGUGCUCGUCCAUAUUACCCUGGCGUCUACACUCGAAUUGAUAGAUAUAGACGUUGGAUACAUGAUAACAUAGGAGAAGAAUGUUUAUGUGAAAUUUGAAGACAACAUUAUUUAAAAAUGGUCAUGUAGGUAUUUUUUUUUUUCAUGCAAAUGCAGUGUUUAUUAUAAGAUUAAGUAUGUACAUACCUAGGUCUAGGUACCUAUCGAAUUUUAUGUAAGAUAUCGCAGAAAAUUUAUGUAAAACGAUUUUACGUAUGUAAGCUUUUAUGAAUUAUUAAUUUUUGAUGUGAUCUUUGAGUUAGGUACGUACAUGUACAUAUAUUGUAUACUGUAUACCUAAGUACCUAUACUCAGUGUGCUAGUGGUAAAAUUACAAUUUUUGUACUACUUACUAUUCAACAGUUGGAUCACGGUGAAAAAAAAAAUAACGAGACUUCCUGUGAAUAGUGCAUAUUUCUCAAAUACACGAUUCAAGAAUA